AUGUACGCAUACAGUAUCUGUGAGGCUCUCCGGCUGUUCCAGAACGAGUACUGGGAAGAGCUUUGCAACGACAUAAGAACCGCCAGCCUGAGCAAAACAAAAGUCACGGAUCCAAAGCUGAGGAAAGCGUUUGAAAGAGCUGGAGUUUUUCGCAGCAAAUGUGGCAACGCAAUGGAAGCCGACAAAAUCUUCAAGAUCUGCAGCAACGAAUCGUGGUCUGGAAUUCUUCCGCUGUUGUUCCCCAAAGCGAAGCUCGUGUCAGCGGUGGUAACGGGCGCGAUGACACACUACGUUCCGACGUUAAGCUUCUAUGCCGGGGAUCAGCUUCCUAUCGUUGGGCAGGGUUUCUUCUCGUCCGAGGGAGGCAUCGGGAUCAACAUCGAUCCUCUUUCUCCUCCAGAGGGCGUCAUCUAUACUGUCACACCCCGAUCUCUUUACUACGAGUUUCUUCCACUUGGUGCUACUGAAGCUCUAAGCAUGCAUGAAGUGGUUAUUGGGGAGCUGUAUGAGAUUCUCGUGACAAACUUUGCAGGUCUUUACCGCUGCCGGAUGGGCGACGUUGUGCAAAUAACAAGCUUUUUCCAUGGCGCUCCUCAGAUGGCUUACCAUCACCGCAAGAACGCAGUGAUGUGCAUAAACAACGAGACUGUGGACGAGCAAAUGCUACAAAACGUGGUGAACAAGGUCUCAAAGGAUGCCGGAGUUGAAGUGUUGGACUUCAUGAUCUAUGGCGAUCCAGUUGCCGUUCCUCCUUCCUACACGAUCUUCUGGGAGCUCGGGAAUGCCAAAGACUACUCCAAAACUCAAGUCUUGGAGCAGUGCUGUGCCAACGUACUUAAGUCUUUCAAUCCAGAGCAUACGAGAAAAGGCACGGACGGGCUGAUCGAUUCGUUCGAGCUGGUGAUUGUCAAGAAAGGAACGUUUGAGAGGCUGAUGGAGGAGGCUGUCAAGAACGGCGCGUCUCCAGCUCAGUACAAGACCCCUCGCUGCGUCGCGUCCUCGAGAAUAUUGGAAGCUCUCAACUCUGGACGCGUUCACAGCUACAAGAGCUCUGCAAUGUCGAAAGUCAACUAG